CCGCCUUUCUUCAGCUAAACUCCGCCUCGAAAUACCGCUGCACACCUGGCGGUAACGGCUGCAGGUAAAAGUGUCACGGUGGGGGGGGCUCGGUGUGCGUUGUGUCGGCGUGCCAAGAAGAAGCAGAGCGGUCCGAGGUGGAUGAGGAGGGUUUAGUUGCGACUCUCAGAGUGAGUUUCUGUGAUAUGAAGGUGCUGUUGGGACCUGUGCGCUCAGGUGGAGACGCCCCGGUGUAGCCUGCCGCUCCUGCCGCUGCUGCUGGACUCCACAGGGCGGAAACCCUUCAAAAGGCACGAUGGGUGAGGCACCGGUGAGAGAAGAUAGUACAGUGACACGAUCAGCAGAGUAUGUAGGCUCAUUUCCUGUGGAUGACAACUGUUUGGAUGACCAGAUUAAGCAGCUGCACACACAGUUGAAGUCCCUUAAAGCAUGCAAGAGAAGACGGCCAGUGUCCCUAAAGUUUUCCAUUAAAGGUGUGAAAAUGUAUAAUGAGGACGAAACAAUCCUCCUGAUGGCCCACGCUCUGCGGAGAAUCUCUCUUUCCACGGCCCGACCCGUCGAUUCACAGUUUGCCUUCGUCGCGCAUAACCCAGGCUGCCCAGACACCCAGCUCUACUGCCAUGUCUUUAAAGCAAGGCACGCCAGAGCAAAAACUCCAAAGUCUUCAGAUGACCAACAAAGCAGCCAAGAUGAGGUCUUUCCCAUCUCCUCUCCCUCCCUGAUGCGCAAGAAAGUCAUACGCACCAAAGUGCUGCGCUCUGGUGCUUACCGCUCCUUCACUUUCACGCCACGCAAGCAGCGCACCGUUCAGGAUCAACUGAGUGUAACUCAAGAAAAGGAUCUAGACAAGUCACCAGCGAAACGAUCCCGGGCUCCAAGCUUGGCCGAAACAGAAGAGGCACUAGCUCAGGCAGUGUGGUGUUGGGCUGGUAUCGCAACUGAGAGCAGCUAUUCACUGCUUGCAGAUGAUGUUCUGGGAUCCUACCUUCUGUGCCAACAUCCAAAAAAACCUAAAUGUGGCUCUCUAAUCAUUCGCUUCCCCUCAGGACCGAUCACCCACCUUAUUGAAAACACCCGUAAAGGGAAAUUCGUGCUGGAGAAAUGCAAGACUGAAUUCAAUUCCAUGGCUGAGCUGAUUGAGCACUACACAGAGACUGAGGACGAGCUGCCAUGUCUGCUGAGCUAUGCCCGGGUGAACCACUGCUAUGAGUGGGAGGAAAACGUCAGCAAACAGCAGCCCGUAAAGCUUCAGCGCAAACGAAGCCGAAAUUAAAAGUACCCACAGAAACGAAUGGGUGUAAACCCUGGACACUGGAACAUGUGGACUGCCAACCUCAGAGGGCACAAAAUAAGCGACACUGAGACACUGAUCAUUUCUUUUGCACAUUUAUCUUUUAAUCUGUGUUCUGGUGUGGGAAGGUUUAACUGUAAAACAAAGUCACUGUUUAAUAGUGUUGGCACUUAACGUGAACAGUAUGCAUUUCCUAAGAGGGUACUUGUGUGUUAAAGAUAUAUUUUGUGGUUCCUGAUUUUAUUAUUUUUAUUUCAACAUAAGCUUUAAAAAAAAUAUAUUUUUUAUUUGUGCCUAUAAAAAAUCAGAGGAGGGUUUUUGUUUCCUUUUUUUCUUUUUUAGACAUGAAACUAAGAACCUGAAUCUGUCAAGGGGAAUUAAUCACUGAUUACUGCACCUGAUGGCAAAGCCACACUUUUUCUUGUUUCCUUGUCUAGUAAAUAUGUUACUGAAAUAUAUUUAGUAAAACUUUUACUCCUUUUUAUUCAUUUUUUUGUAUGCAGUUUGUUUAGCUGAUAAUGUCGUUUCUGUUAAUAUGACUAAAUUCUGUUCAAAGUUUUCAUUGGUCGAGUAUAAAAGGUACAAAAUGAUUUCGAUCAUUCUCUAGGAUUGUGGUUAUCAUGUUGUGUCGUCUUGACUAUAGUUGAUUUGUUCAUAGCUGGCACACCAUCUACCUGCACCUCCUACAUUAGUUUCACAACAGAAGAUUGUGAUUAUUAGCAAAACAUUAAAUAACAACUGAACAUAA